AUGACCAUUGAGCAGACCUUGAAAUCACCGGUUACAGACUCGGGUGGAGCCGGUUUCAUUUGCAGAAAGAAUACAAGCACAACAAAAUCUAACCUUGCAUCACUUCCGGCAAACGCUGCUGCGUGGGAGCGUACAAAACUCCCAACUACUAGAUUGACGUCUCUUUCUCUCAUUCCGCUCCGAUUCCGUUCAACCCCUGCCGCCGGAAAAUUUCGAAACUGCAUAUUCAAGUACGCCAUGCCUGCCAUGAAGAAGAAGACUGAACCUGGUGAUAUGAGGCAAUUGUUUGAAAGACUGACGAAAGAGAUUGGAGAACCUGUCGAAUUUGAACUUCCUGAUUGGUUGAAUAAAUGGAAACCUAACUAUACCAUCAUAAAGCGCAAUAUAUAUCUAACAAAGAAGGUUAAGAAACGAGUAAGAGUAGAAGAUGAUGGAAUAUUCUGCUCUUGCACCUCAACACCAGGUUCUUCUGCUGCUUGUGGUAGAGAUUGCCACUGUGGGAUGCUAUUGUCAAGCUGUUCAUCUAACUGUAAAUGUGAUGAUUCAUGCCUCAAUAAACCAUUCCACAGACGACCUAUGAAGAAGAUGAAGAUAGUGCAGACUGAAAAAUGUGGGUCAGGGGUUGUUGCUGAGGAAAAUAUCAUGCAAGGAGAGUUUAUUAUUGAAUAUGUGGGAGAAGGUAACGUCUUUGAGUUAAAAUUAUUGAUGACAAAACAUGUGAGGAGAGGCUAUGGAGAAUGAAGAGACAAGGAGAAACAAACUUUUAUUUGUGUGAGAUUAAUCGUGACAUGGUGAUUGAUGCUACAUUCAAAGGAAACCAAUCAAGAUAUAUAAAUCAUAGUUGUUCUCCAAAUACCGAAAUGCAAAAAUGGAUGAUUGAUGGUGAAACAAGAAUCGGGAUUUUUGCAACUCGGGAUAUAAAGAAGGGGGAGCAUUUGACCUAUGAUUACCAGUUUGUGCAGUUUGGUGCAGAUCAAGAUUGUCAUUGUGGUGCAAAAGGGUGUCGACUGAAACUGGGAGUCAAACCUAAUAAGUCAAAGUUUCCUUCUUCAGAUGCUGCUUUAAAGAUUGUUGCAUGUCAGGUGGCUGUAAAUUCUCCAAAAGUAAAAGCAGUUCUUUAUGGGAAAGAUGCUUACAAGAAUGGUGUUGGACAACGAGCAUAUUCGAGAAAUGCCAUUGAUGAAAUAAGAAUACCUCAUAAUUGCAUAGGGGAAGUUGUCAGAAUAGUACGCCCUGCUUCAGAGAGGACUUUUGGUAUGAUCAAGCGGUUUGACAUCAAUACAAGAAAACACUUGAUCAUGUUUGAAGAUGGUGUGACUGAGCUUCUUAAUUUGGCGCAAGUUGAUUGGGAGCUUUGUAAUUUAGCAAGCUUUUUACAGGGGUAAAACCGUAAAAUUUUCACUCGAAACUGACAAAAUGGUCAAACCCGCAGUGAGUUUUUUUUUUUGGGUGCAAAUUCUUUUUUAAGAGGUGUUGCUGAAUGCAAAAUAUCCUUGGGUCUAUCCUCAUA